GCCAGUGGCUGCACAGAGAGUUCUGCAAGCCACAGUAGAUCAUCCAGAGACAUGUCCAGAGGGUCCAUCAAAAGGCCCAUCACAGCUAGUGGGAGAAGGUCAGCAUCCACCUCAGUCUGACCUUGAUUAGCUGUUCCCUGGGUUCAGAGAGCCGAGCCAUGCCCAAGUGCUCCCUGGAGGACGGUGAGUGGGUGGCUAUCUGAGAGUUGUCUGGCCCUCCACAUCAUGAACAGCACCCCAGGAGACACAAGGGAUGCUCCUGCACCAAGCCAGCCUGCACCAAGCCACCGGCAGUGUCUCCUGCCCUCUGUGGCUCACACUCCCUCCGUUACUGAGGUGACACCGGCCAAGAAGAUAACCUUCCUCAAGCGAGGAGAUCCCCAGUUUGCUGGGGUUCGCCUGGCUGUUCACCAGCGCACUUUCAAGACCUUCAGCGCCCUAAUGGAUGAGCUGUCUCAGCGCAUGCCUCUUUCCUUUGGGGUGCGUUCUGUCACCACACCCCGGGGUUUGCAUGGCCUCAGUGCCCUGGAGCAGCUGCAAGAUGGGGGCUGCUACCUCUGCUCUGAUAGGAAGCCCCCUAAAACUCCAAGAGACACAGGCCAGCUUCAACGGAAAAGCCCCUCUGCUGGGCAGUCACAGGUUUUUGAAGGUGGCGGUGAAGCCCCAGUAACAUCCUAUUCCUGGAAGGGUCCCAGGGCCCCAAGGAGGCUGACACUGGUGAAGAAUGGGGAUCCUAGAUGCCAGCAGACAGUGGUUCUCAGUCACAAGAACACCAGGAAUCUGGCAGCCUUUCUCAGCAAAGCCUCUGAGCUUCUACGCUUUCCUGUCAAACAGGUGUACACAAUCUGCGGGAAGAAGGUGGACUCUCUGCAGACACUCCUGGAUGGCCCCUCCCUGCUGGUAUGUGCUGGGAACGAGGCCUUCAAACGUCUGGAGAUGGAAAAUGAGAGAGGGAACAGGACCAGAAUGUUAUCUGGUGUGACUGCAAGGAAUGAACGUGGUUGCUGGGGACCAAACACCAAGCAGAGUGUCAUACACUCGAGGGGCAGAUCUGGCGGCAAGCUGCGGCAGUUUUCCUUGGCUUCAGAGAGGUCUGGUCUCAGUGACCAUCCAGCAUCUGGUCAUCAAGCCUGGGCAGGACCUGCUUUGGACAGGUGCCCUCAGGACACACCUGCCCCACCUGGUUCCUUGGUGGCUGCUGAUGGUGUAGAGAAGAAGGUCUGCAUGAAUGAGGAUGGCAGUCUGUCUGUGGAGAUGAAAGUCCGCUUCCAGCUUCUGGAUGAGGACACCCUGCGGUGGUCCCAGAGGGUGGGGGUGGGGCAUGCCAGUGUCUUCGCAGGAGCCAGUGGAGAGGGUCAGGACCUGAGGGAGGCUGACAGGUUCUGUUGCAGACAGGAGGGCUACCCUUGGGGCAUCUUAGAGCCUGGGGCACAGGGACUGGGUCCCUAUGAUGGAGGAUGCCAGGGAGCUUUUGAUGUGGGCCAGCAGUCACGGCCCAGCUAUGACAUAUGGAGGAAUCCCCUGACUGCCCCUGAGGGCACAAGGCCAACACCUCGAAGGAGAUGGGGUCUGGCUAAGCUCUCUAGAUGCAAGAACCACUGGAGACAGGGGGCCAGUGAUAGGAAAGGACAUGGCAAAGAUAAUUCCAGCCCAGUCUCGACUCGUAGGCAUCCUAGAAGUGUCCAGCCAGGCUCCUGCUGUCCUUGGACUCCAGAAGGUGAGACAGGCAGUGACACCUUGCAACCAGUCUCCUCAGCUUCUUCCCAAAGUGAGACUGAGCUGGAAUCUGGUGAGAGCCCCUGCUUACAGGACACAGGACCCCGUGGAUUGAGACCUGAGACCCAAAGUAUAAAAAGAGCCCUUUCUGAUACAUCAGUCAAUGUCGAGUCUUGUGGGGAGUCUAGUGAGGGUGGUGGUCAGCUCCACAGAGGCUCAAGCCAGGCAAGGGUCAUGGCUUCCCAGGGGCAAGUCACCAAAGGUGACAACCCCUAUAUUUCCACCCAGAGUCACUUACCUUUGAACCACCCGGGUCUUCAGACAGAGAAGUAUAGUGAGGGCACCAGGUGGCGGGAGGUCAGAGGUGAGCCUGUACUGAGACUGCCCCUGGUUCCGGGCCAUUCUGGUUCUCAGAACACACAGAGAGAUGCUCUCCCAGUUCCUGCCCGUGCCCCAGCCCAGCGGAGGCAAAGAAAGCAGAAGAGGCCAGCUGGUGUUGUGUGCUUGCCCAGUGUCUCUGCCCCUUACCAAGUGGCUCAGAAAGGCCAUGCCGGGCAGUGUUACCAUUGCAGGGACACUCAAUCCUCACUGGACACAGCCUUGCAAAUGCCAGUGCCUCCGGAAAGAGAACAAGCCUGCCCAGGAAGCCCAGCACAGCAAUUUCCUUCAAACUCAUCCAGUGCAGAAAACCAGGCCGAGGAUCUGAGAUCCCCAUGCUCUAGUUCUCUUGAUUUUCGGGAAACACAAGCCACCAGCAAAGCCGCCACCAUGGCUAUGAGUGACUCAGACUGUGUUUCCAGCUUUUGUCAUCCCAGCACUCACUCUGCAGAGCCAGUAGGGGACACCAAGUGCCAGGCUCACUCAUCAACUCCCUCACCUGUCCACAGAGAAGAGGUUGGUUGCCUGCGGGACACGGCAGGGACCACCCCUGAGCCUUUCUCAUCCUCUGUGCUACCGGACAGAUGGCCUGAGGCAGAAGAUCCAAGAACCUACCAAGAUCGCUUACAGGUUGCACCAUCUUCUCCCUUCACAGUCCCCAGUGGUCAGACACAGGCCUCUGUCUCUGAGGCCUGCUUAGGGGGAAGUAGUUUCUGCCCAACUCCAUCCAAGGAACAAACAUGUUCUGGAAGGGAGCCUGCAAGCAGCAGUAGAGCCAGCAGUGACCACAGUAGAGCCGAUGGCUAUGCAGGGGCCGGGAGGACUCUGCUGAGGAAGUCCCCUAGCAUCAGGGGAAGCCUUGAGGAGCGGGAAGAGGAUGGUGGAGUGACACCCAGUGCUCUGCCUUACACCUCUCCAGAUGCUGUGGUCCGUGAGUGGCUAGGCAACAUCCCAGAAAAGCCGGUAUUCAUGACAUAUGAGAUGGCAGGUGAGACCACAGAGGUGCCCAAUGAUGGCCCAGAAGGUCCCAAGGAGGACCUGGGCGAUGGCUGUUCUUUGAAAGUUCUGGGGGAACUGACUCAGGCCAGACAGCAGCCCCCAGAAGAGGUUACUGAUGAGCACCCAGAGCCAGCAGAAGUCCUCUCAGGACCUGGUUCUGUGUGCUCCAAAAUGGGAGGUGAUCUGCAUCCAGACGCAACACCAGGUGAAAGACUCAAGGCUCCUGCAGAAUCUGGAAUAGGAGAAGGGACCAUAGCGGACCAUGGUGUGAGCCUAUGUGCACUCCCCACCAGGAUCUCAACCUCUACACAGAUCAUGAAGGCCUUGCUAGGCUCCAAGCCAGGCCGGCCCAGCAGUCUACCAGAGGUCUCUAGCACAGUAGCCCAGAGGCUCAGCAGCUCUGCUGAGGCCCUUAUUGCCUGCCUUGCCAAGCUCCAUUUCUUUGAUGAGGGUCUGGGGCCCCUGGAUGGCAAAGUGAGGCUUGAAGAGUCCCCUAAGUACCAGGAGAUGCUGAGUAUCUCCCAGACCCUGUGGCCUGGGAGUGAGCUUGGGCAAGGCCAGCUGGACUUUGGCCUCAGAGGACUCACUUCACACCAGGCUCUGUUGGGGACUGAGGACUUCACACCCAGCUCCUCUUCUGGUGUGGAUGUGAGUAGUGGCUCUGGAGGCUCAGGUGAGAGCAGUGUGCCCUGUGUCACGGAAAAUACCCUGGCUCCCGAGAAGAUAGAUUUGCCCUUGAAAAUCCCCUCUCAAAGACCUGAUUCCAGGAGCCAGGAGUACACAGAGCUAGAGACUCAUUCCACAGUCUCAUCUGGCUCUCAGGUAAGGGCUUGUGCCACCAGUGGGGAGGAGGCAGGUAAAGGAGGCAGGAAGCAGACGUGGGGCAGUGCCCCAGAAGAAUCGGUCGAAAGCACGAUGCUGGAAGGGAAUGCACAGUCAGAAGAAACAGAAGCGAGAGUAAGAGAAAGGCUACAGGAAAACAGUGUCCAUGGAAAAGAGCUUCCAGAAGAAGGGGCUAGGGUCUGCAGUCAGGAAAUGCUUGCAGCUGGCUCUCAGGAUGGGGCAGGGUCGCCAGAAGACACCAGAGUGCCAAAAGAUGACGCAGGAACUGAUGCGGCCUCUGGAGAACUGGGACCCCUAGAUGGGAGAGAGGAACACACAGAGUCCCCUCAGCAUUUCAAUGAGGGCAACUCAAGGGUUAGUGAGCAUCAAGGUGCUCGCAUACUGGAGCUUGGAUUGGAAGAGAUGCCCAGAGUGGGCGCAAGGGGCUGCAAGCAAGCCUGCAUCAAGGCCAGCUCAGGAACCAGGGAGACAAACACAUCCAUGGCCCACAAGGGAUCUCUGGACCCUGACCCAAUCUGGGUGUUCAAGUUGCUGAAGAAGAUAGAGAAAGCCUUCAUGGCUCACCUGGCUGAUGCCACAGCUGAACUCCGAGCCCGAUGGAACCUUCAUGACAACAACCUGCUGGACCAGAUGGUGACGGAGCUGGAGCAGGAUGUGGGCCAACGGUUGCAGGCAAGCACUGUCAGGGAAAUCAGAAAGAUCCAGAGCCGGGCAGGGAAGACGGUUCCAGAACCACCCCGGGAAGCCCUCAGAGGCCAGACGUCUUUACAGACAGAGCAGCGCAGGCGUCGCCUUCAGGGCUUGCGCAACCUCUCAGCCCUCCCUGGCCAGGGUGCCCUCUCCCUCACCCUGGAGGAUGGGCCCACAGCCUUAGGAAUCAGGUCAGAUUCAGGGCCUGUGGAGGAUGAGUUCUGUCCCUGUGAAAUCUGUCUGAAGAAGAAGAGGACCCCUAGAUUCCCAAAGGAUGCCACAACAGUCUCUGGUGCUCCGGUCAGAAAAGCCUUUGACCUACAGCAAAUUCUACAGAGCAAGAAAGGAGGAAGCAGUAGUAGAGAGGCCAUAGAGGUGGCCCCUCAGAAGACAGGGAUGAUGUUGUCUCAGGAGGACCCCAGAACUGACCAGGGAGCUGAUGAGAAGCAAGGGCUGAGGUUGGCACAAGGGCUUGGGGUAACUGAGGGAGAGGAGGGGGAAGGGGAACAGAGGCUGAAAGCAGAGCAGGGUACUGAGAUUUUGAAAACAGAAGGAUCUGGUUGCCAUGUACUAGAAGAGGACACAGCCACUGAGGAAGAUGGGAAAAUCUGCAUUGGCACUGUCCAAGAAAGCCAACAGCUAGAGGGAACUGAGAUCAGGAAGGAGGAAACCCUGCACCAGAGUCUUAGAGAUGAAGGCAAUUCAGAGGCUCCAGCAGGAGAGGGUGCCCACUCUAUGGAGAUUCAGGAAGCUUCUACAGACAGACAGACGGAGGUAGAAAGCAAAAGUCAAGAUGUAAAGAAAGACAGCCCUUGGGUAAGCUCAGGAGAGAGCCAGGAAAGGGUGGGAUCUGACAACACCAGCCUAGACCAAGAGGGGAGGCUCCCGAACCACUAUCAAAGGCCAGUCCCCCAGAGCCACUACACAGAAUGCUCCUCCAGGGCAUCGUCUCUGGACAACUGCUCACAGGUGUCUCAGAAGGGCUCAGAUGGAGACUUUCUAAGAGACCUCAAGCGCACCAAAGCCAAGAACAGCAGGAUCUUACAUGCAGAGAGGAAAGUCCCCAUAAUGUAUCCAGAAAGUUCUUCUGAGCAAGAAGAAGCCCCCUCCAGCCCACAGCCUCCAAAGCAGGGGAAAGGGGAAGAUGAGCAAUCAGCUGGAAGCGUGGCUCAUACCCAGGUUGGGGAUAGGGUAGAUGGCUUUGGCCAGGACGACUUAGAUUUCUAGACAUCAAACAAUAGGAUGGUAAUGAAGCUGAGAGAUACCUCCGUAAAUAUAUUGUCCAUACACCCUAGAGAGGCUCAGAUCACUGGGGAUAUACAAGGAACAGGGACAAAAACCAAAGAAUUGCUGCUCGCCCUGGAGCUGCUGGCCUAGCAUCCUAGCCACUCAGGAGGUUAAGGAGGGAGGAUAGAAAGUUCUAGACCUGCCCCCAGGCUAUAGAGCAAGUUCAAACGGUAGCUUGGACAACUUAGUGAGACAGUGUUUCUUCGGGCUCUGGGAAUAUAGCUCAGGGGCAGAAUGUUGCCUAGAUUGUGUGUGACUCUGGGUUCAACCUUGACAGUAACAAGGAUGAAAAGAACCAUGCUGUCCGUGGAAUCUAAAAUUCAAGGCGCCCCCCCACUCCCCCCCCCCCCCGCGCUCAGUGUAAAACGUUAGCUGUGAGCCUGCCAAAUUAUCAGAGGUUAGCCAGUUCAUCUGUCUACACUGCCCAAGAGGAUAAAAGAAUCUGGAAAGAUGCCUUGGGGUUUCUCUGUGUGUUGGCUUCUUUGUGAGCAAGUAGCUCUCUCUCCUUAUUGAUCCCCUGUUACUUUCCCCUUGGCCUCUCUGGGAACACUCACCUUUUUUGACUUUGAGGUACUUUUUUGCUGGUUUGUAAUAUAUGUGGUGACUCUGCAGAUGUGUGUACUUGGAAAAAGCAGAUAAAUUUGGGGUCAUUGGAUAAGGUUUGUUCUCAGCCCCAAUGUCCUAGGUUCUGCACACCCCCAACACACCCACCACACACAGAAUUCAUACUAUUUGUAAAGGGAAAAGGGAAGAGCUGGAAGGAAAGUCAUCUCCCAUAGACCAGGCGCCAGAGACAGCUUUGUGAAGUGAUUGGAUGCAAUGCUCUCCAUCAUUAUCUGGAUGUUUCAUAGAGAUUUUUGUAUAUAAUUUACAUACUGAUUUCACAAAUGCUUAAAUAUAUAUUCAUUUAUCUAA